GAAGCAAACUAAAUAAUAUGUUGACAUAUCCCAUAUGAUUGAGCAAUAUUACUAUAAUUCGCUCACGCUUAAAAUAUUCUUAUGUUCACUUUUUUGUGUUUAUCAAAAAUUGCUAUGGUAUUGCUACUUCAAAAUUAAUAUGAUAGUGUAAUAAUUCUCGAUCGUUUCUGUGAGCACAGUUUGAUUACUCAUAUACAUGUUUUAUAUAGAAAACGUAACUAGUAAAAUAUUUAUGAGUUUAUAGUUUUAGCAAUGGUGUUAAAUGCAUAUGCCAUGAGUUGGUUUGACUUUCAAAACAAAUGUCGUCAACUUGGACUACAAAUGCCCUCAGCGACUCAUCACAAAAAACCAUACUGGACUAAAUACUACAAACGUCAGUCUGACUGGAUCGGCAAAUAUGGAUGUUACCACAGAACUGAUUUGACAGAGGCUAAAACCUUUAAUUUGCAUCUCCCAUCAGCUGGAAUUUGUCAAGAAUUCUGUUACGAAGAAAAUGAAUCUAAAAAUCUUUUAUUCUUCGGUGUAAAGAAAGGAAAAUGUAUUUGUCUGUCAGAACAACCAGCAACUCUAUCAUUAGUGUUGAAUCAAUGCAAUUUUGAUUGUUUAAUAAACAAUUUUCCAAAUAAUUCUUUGGAGUGUGGAGGAAGUAUGGCAUACAGUGUGUUUGUAUCGGAAAAAGGUUUGCCUGACGUGAUUUGCAAUGAUAGUAAUGCAAAUUGCUAUCAUAAAGAAGAACAAGUUAAAUUCUUAUUGACGGAUGAGAAAGAAUGCAACUCAGUAUAUGAAGACUAUAGAGACACGUGUUCCAUUGAAUUAACCACUCAAAUAUACACGAGUUUUGAUAGAGGAAAGAAAUUGUCAAAAAAUGAUCAAAGAAAUAUUUUGUUCUGUGAACAGUGUACAGAACAGGGAUGUAUAUUUUCAAACUGUAAAAGUCAAUUAAACACCAAGUAUUGUACUAAGAAUGUGUUAUCUACUGCCUCCCCUUCAGUUUUGAAAACCAUUACACAGACUGUGGUACCAAAUGUUACUGAAAAAAGAGUUAGUUUAAAGAGGAUAACAUAUAACAAAUUAGUUAGCAUAUAUAGAAAGGCAACACUAUUACACGGUGCAAACGUAUCCAGAACAACUCAAUCAAUUUCAAGAGAAGAUACUAUAACAAACGACUCAGUGGCGUUCAUUGUUGGAGGUCUCGCUUCAUCAACCCUGAUUUGUUUCCUUUUUUUGAUGGUUGCCAUCUAUUUCAUCAGAAGAAAACAUAAACUCAUCGAAGAGAAAUGUUCCACCCUUCAAAAACAAAUCGAAUGUUCAACAUUCAGGUAUGAACAGACAUCUAUAGCAAAACUGAAUCCACAUAACAAACAAAGACACCAAAAUGUGACAGGGCCAAGUUACUACGAACUGGCAGACAAUGGCAAACUGAUAGAAACAUACUCUAAAAACAAAGACAACAACAAACCGUAUAAAGAUAUCAAAGAACCAAUUUCAGGAAACGAUACUUAUAUGGUAGCUUCAUACAAAAUGUUUGAUGGGGAAUCCGUUUACUUUGAGAAAAACAAGGCUUCUUACAAUCAUCUCAGGGAAACAAGUCAUUUUAGACAUGAAGAAAAUACGUACGACCAUGCGGGAAAUGUAAAUGAAUCUAGUUACUCCUGUGCGGAAGCUGCUAGAAACUGGAACGAUCGACAAAUGGAUAAUGACUUGUAUGAUCAUAUAAAAAUUUAAAGCUGGUGACCAGUUUGCAAUGCAGGAUAUGAUCUAUAUGUGACAUUGUUCAAUAGACAGAGAUUCUUAUGUAAAUAUUUAUGUUAAAUCAUUUUGAUUAGUCUAAGGUAACACUGAGGCUUGUUUGUUUCCACAAUGAUAUAAACAAUGUUAUGCAUAUUAAAUGAAGUUGUCGUUAAUCAAAAAUGUUAAAAACAUAAUUUAAAACUCUUUUAAACAUGGUUGUUAAUAUAGAUGUUUUAAAAGUUAAGUUACAUGUACCAACAAAAAUUAUUUGUGGAAUAUCAUAAACUUUGUAAUAUUCUGUCCCGAAUUUUUUGCUUCCACCACUUUUUGCUUGAUAUUUCAAUAAUAGUAAAUACCUUUGUGCUCAAACUACGUUCAUCUACUAAUAUGAAAAAUGUCCAGAUUAUCUGUUUUGAAACGCCCCCUUUACCGCUCCAGGUUUCAAUACACAUCCCAAAAUUGAAAGUCUACGGAGAUUUUGCAUUGCAUCAGCCAUUAAUAAGCCCGGAUGAUAACGUUAAAAAAUUGCACGAUGUAUUCCGAGUGUAAUCCGAAUGGAGAAAAGAUGUAAACAUUUCCCAUUAUAAAUCUCCGUAAGAAAAUUGUUUUCGUUCCUGUGAAAUUUUAUAAGUGAAAAAGGAUAAUUGUUCAAUGAAGGUAUAUUGGAUAUAUUCCCUUUCAUUUGAAUUGUAUUUCUUUCACAGGUAUAUGUAUGUGUAUUUAUAUUUUAAAAUCAUCAAGAAUUGAUGGGACAGACUGUAGAGAAAAAAUGAAAGCUAAGAAAAAUGAAUUAUGACGCAAUGAAAACUAACAAUACUAUGAUAUUUCAUGCAUAAAAAUCUAUUUUAUAUAUUUUUUUACUUUUAAAAUGUUACUAACAGAUAAUAUGAAUAAAGUAUAAUGAAUUCGA